CAGAUAUGCCGUCUCCGACAGAAAUCCUAAAGAAGGAGCUGGAGGAAGAGCUGAAGCUAAGCAGCGAGGAUUUGAGAAGUCAUGCCUGGUACCAUGGGCCACUCUCCCGCCAGGAGGCUGAGGGGCUCUUACAGAAAGAUGGCGAUUUUCUCAUUCGUGACUCGCUCUCCUCCCCUGGUGACUACGUCCUAAGUUGUGUUAGCUCCAAGAUGGUUCUGCACUUCAAGAUCAUUGCCGUUAGCUUGCGUCCUCGGCGAGGGAUCGCACGUACCCUCUACCAGCUGGAGCAGGAUCAGUUUGACAACAUUCCCGCCCUUGUUCGAUCCUACGUAGGAGAUAAGAGGGCGGUGUCUGAAUCCUCAAUGGCAGUCAUAGAGAAUCCUGUCAACAGGAACCUUCCUCUAAGUUUGCCUCGGGAGAGGCAGGAGGCCCAGAAGGCAAACAAGGAAAACAGACGGAGUCUUCAGGUGACAGAUAACAGCUUGCUCAGGACCAAAGACAGGUUUGGGAGCCAACCUGGCAAUCUGGACAUCUUGAAGGAAAUACCGUUACAGAGUGCUCAGUCCGACAGCAACUUGCUCUCAGCUAUCACAGCAGAAACAUCAGGGUCUCCAGAGGACACAUCCACUAUCCCACUAUCGCCUAUUUUCCGAACAGGCAGCGACCCAGUCCUCAGAUCCAAACUUCAAUCAACCCAGCCUCUGGACUGCGAUGGUAACAAUGCCUUGAGGGGUUCGGACAGCCAGCUACACUCCAAGGCUCCACCCAAGCCCAUACGGGCUCCUUCACUGCUGCUUCCAGACCCUCCUGAUGGGAUGGACACCUAUUGUGAGUUGGUCCCUCGUGUCCCGGAGACCUCUCGGAGAUAUGUGGACACUUUGAAAGUUGAGGAACGGUGGAAGAACCGUGCCCGAGCCACAGAAACCACUUUUGGUUUCCUGGACUCAGACAAGUCCCCGGAUGUGAUCCAGUCAGGAAAGGGUCACUUUGAACUAGACAAUUCUAAAAGCCCUAAACCACUCUACGCUGAGGUUGCCAAAGCAAAACUGGUCCACCGGGAGGUGGAUAAAUCUAGGACAGUUAUUUCCGAAAGCAAUAAACACAAACAGGUCCAUUCACCGGAGGAAAGGCCUAAAGUAGAACAUUCUAGAGCUGAACAUCUUAGCCAACCCCAUCAUAAACCAAGACUUUCCAAGAUGGACCAUGUGAUAUUGGAGAAUGCUGAAUGUGAGGAUGGUUUCAUCAGGCCGCAGAUUCAGACUGUAACGUCUUUCAAUCCCAAAACCUUUCAAUCUAUACUACUGCCGCCAGAAAACAAGCCUCUGGAACCGCAUGCUCUGCGCAAACUGAAAGAGAUUGUUAGUCAAAGAGACUGCAGGGAGAGCGCCCUCCAUAUACUUCGUGAAGACUGCCAAGAAAUUCGUAUCUGGGGGGUGACCAAGGAGCAGCAGAGAAGUAUGGGGAUGAAGUCAGGCCUGGAAUUGCUUACAUUACCCUACGGACAGCAGCUGAGACGGGAUCUGCUGGAGAGGCACCACCUGCUGUCUCUGGGGGUAGCUGUGGAUAUCCUGGGCUGUACCGGAGCUGUGACAGAGAGAGCGCACACCCUGCACCGCAUAAUCCACCUGGCGAUAGAGCUGAAAGACUUUGCUGGAGAUCUUUUUGGCUUCUCGGCUGUUAUGAAGGCCCUGACACUGCCCCAGGUUGCCCGCCUAGAACUAACGUGGCAAGCGCUCCGACAAACGCACACCGACAGCGCCAUCGCCUUCCACAAACAGCUGAAGCCGGCCUUACGGGAAAUGGAGGAAUGCAUGUCACUGCCAUCACCAACCAAUAUAGUGGUGCCGUACAUUCUGCCAGUUCUCAAGGCCUUGGAAGGAGAAGACGACUGGGGUGGCCCGGUGGAGGAGAGCUGUGGGCGGCUCCUGCGUGUACUGCAAGCAGCGCGAACAUACGCCGCGAAUGAGGAGACUUAUCAUAAUAAUGCUGAGAACAAGCUAACAGGGUUUGUUCCUCAGCCCGAACUAAGAGAGGCCUUCCAGACGGAGUUCUCCCUAAGGAUGUUCUGGGGGACUAAAGGUGCUACCGUUGAACAAAGUGAAAGAUACAAGAAGUUCCACCAGAUCCUGAAUGUUUUAUCCCAGAAACUGGAGCCAGAAACUCAAAGAAGUAGGCUAGCGAGUUCUAUAUAUGGAACGGCCUACUAGACUGAUAUCUAGGAAGAGUAAGUUGUUUAUAUUGAGAGAUUCAGUUAUGGGAUUCUGAACCAUGUAUCUAGAUCCACCUAAGCCAACCGCAAGAUGGUCAGCUACUGUGUAUAUCUACUGGACCAAAGUUUCUGCAUCCA